CCCUUUUCGGUAUGGUGGUUAAAAAUCCAACAAAUUAUUACCGUAUUGCAGUUCAUGGAGUGGCAAUUUUGAACGAUUGUGACUCUCACCAGACCAGCGAUACCGUUGUCGGCGCUUGUUCUGAUGUUACUAGUUACUUCCACCCGCUCUGUUGGACGCAAUCUCAAGCCUCACCUGCAGACAAGUAAAGGCCCGCUCACAGGCUUCUUGCCCGUAGUGGUAACCGAGCAUCAUGGACCCAUUUGCAAUAAUCACCGUCGUGAAGACAUGCUACACAAUCGGUGUCCAAAUUCUUGACAUAUGUUCCAACUGGAGGCAUGCAGAGACUGAGGUACAAAAGCGUGUAAUCGUUGUCGAGUCCUGCUGGAAUCGCACGAAAAGUCAGGUGGACUUUAUGGUCCGCAUCACAUCUAUCAUGGAUCCGGACCAGUGCCGUGUCAUGGACGAGCUCUUGAAACAGCUCUUGCUCAGUCUUUCCCUUGCUAAGAAUACUCUUGAGGGAGUGACUCAAAAGACCUCGUCGGUUCGGUCGAGCAUUCGCCAUUUCGGAUUCAAGUCUAAGGCGGCUUGGGUGUUUAAGAAGGAGGCACUUGACAGUGUUGUAUCUGAGCUUGAGGCGUGGCAGCGCCGCUUUGACCCAUCGUGGUUUCUUCUCAUGAAAAUCGCGAGCCCUAUCUUGGAAAGUGAACUAGCAAAGGCAACGGCCGCGGAUGAAAGGGUGCAUGAACCUGCAAAUGCUGCUAAGAAUCCACUAGCUCUUGCCGCUGGACUGCGAAAGGUUCUCUCACCAUCCCUUGAACAAACGAGAUCGCUUUUCCUUCCGGAGGUGCAGAUGGAAUGGGUGGACAUACCCUUCUCAAAUGUUAAAGCAGGCAGGCGACAGGACGGGGACAACAAGUGGUAUAUUGUCGACACCAUUGAGCUUGGGCAGGCAACCCGAGUACGCGAGAUUGCGCGAGACGUGCGUGUCCUUGCGGCUAAGCUUUCUCAAGCUGAUCCCCUGGCCUUCAGUCUGCUCAACUGCAAAGGAGUUAUCCCAAUUACUAGGCAGCACGUAUCACCUGCACUACCACAGCCAGAUAAAACCCUAGCCUCUCAUUCCGCGCCGCCUUGUCCCCAUUCACACUCCCCAGGUCAAAAGGACUACUCCCAUUUCCAGCUUGUCUUUCGGAUACCCCGGGGAAUGGAGGUAUUGCAGUCCCUAAGACAACUGCUUCUUCACUCAGACGUUAACAUAUCACUAUCCCGCAAAAUCCACGUGGCGCGUGAAAUAAGCAAAGCUGUCAACUACGUGCAUACGUUCUCAUUCGUGCAUAAGAACGUACGACCAGAAUCAGUACUCUGCUUCGAGGACGCACGGUCUACGUCUAACUACGCCUUCCUUGUCGGAUUCGAUGCCUUUCGCGCUGCGGAUGCUGGCACAAUGAUGGGAGGGGACAUGAGCUGGGCUCGCAAUGUCUACCGUCACCCCGACCGACAGGGCAUGGACCCGUCCGAGAAGUAUAGCAUGCAGCACGAUAUUUACAGUCUCGGAGUCUGUCUACUCGAAAUUGGCCUCUGGGAGUCUUUCGUCGAAUAUGUAGACGAGCCUGGACCUAACUGCGGUCUCCAGUCCAAGUUUGGCAAAACCUAUUACGACUUUCUUGCUUGGAGUCAGAAAAAAGGCCAGAUAUCCUCUUUCGAUGGUCUGGCGAUCCUGCUCAAGGAUUACCUAGUGGAACAGGCAUCCACGAGACUGGCACCGCGCAUGGGUGAUAAAUAUGCACAUGUGGUGGUUUCGUGCUUGACGUGUCUGGAUGACGAUAAUGAAGAUUUCGCAGGGCUGGAGGCAAUGGGUGACGAUCGUAUCGGGGUGCAGUUCAUCGACAAGAUCAUGAAGACCCUGGACAAAAUUUCACUGUGAAGAUGAUACAGGGAGACGAGAUGCCUGAGCACUGAUAAGGGUCAAUUAUUUACAUGCAGGGAUUAUAUAACAGAGCACAUGGUGAUCAUAAAUUUUUAAAUAUUAGAAAACUGGCAGGAAAUCCUAACUACUCCCUCCACUUCUACUAGUUGCUUCACCAUUUAAGUCACUGCAGUGUUUAAAAAUUUACUAUUAUC